AUGUUUACUAAACAUAUGAAUUUGCAUAAGGAGGACUCCAAGGUAAAAAAGACUUUUGAUCAAGAUAGAAAGAGAAAGGAUAAAGUAAAAAAUGACAAAGCAUUCAGACUGCAUAGUGAUAUAAAGAAAGGCGAUUUCUACAAAGUUAUUCUGCAUAACAAUGAGUGCAGAACAGGAAGACUCGUAGAUAUGACCGAUAAAGAGAUAAGGUUUAGUGAGUACACAGAGAGUGAUAGCACAGUUGCAUACGAAUACACUCACAAAAUUGAGGAUAUUGCAAGUCUGGAGCCCAUGAUACUUUCUCUUCGCAAGGAAAGCAGUAACAUAAAAAACAAUGUAGUCAUUGUUACAAUGCGGACGGGAACCACUGGGUAUGGGGAGUUGCAGAAGGAAACAAAAGAUUGUUUGGUUCUUAACAACUUCGUGUUCUUCUCUGACGCAUAUAUUCCAUAUGACAUCACGAUAAAGAAGGUUCUUAUUCGGGACUAUCUUAAGCUGAGUGUUCCAGUUAGCGAGCCAAUUGACAGCGAGAAGCUGGAGAAGUCUUUCCAAAUUGACAGUGAAGUGGGGAAAAAGAGGUUUGGAAAAGCAAAAGAGCUACAGUCUUUCUACGCCAGUGGAGAAGCCCCUCAGAAGGAAGCCAUUUCCAAGUCGCACAAUGGCAAAGAGGUAUGGAACCAGUUUGAGGCAAAUGAAAAGUUAUUUGGAAUGAAGGCAACAUUUGAUGAGUCUGUGUAUACGACUGUCCUGGACAAAAACUCAAAAGAGUACAAGAAGUAUGCAUAUGAGGCAGAAUGCAUUGCAAGACGAAUUGACAACCCAACAUCUUCUAAUCUACAUAUGGAAGAGGAAAGAGGCCGAAUUAGCAAUGCUGGAGAGGAUGAGAAGUAUGGAUCUGCAUUCUCUCGACAUGACUCCCGCAGAGAUUCAAAAGAGAAGCUAAGUGACUCCAAGGAGAAAGAGCUCCAGGCGAUAGACAAAGAACUGAAAGAACUGCAAGCUAAGGAGAAGGAAUUGAAAGAACUACAGGCCAAGGAGAAAGAGUUGAAAGAACUGCAAGCUAAGGAAAAAGAAUUGAAAGAACUGCAAGCUAAGGAGAAGGAAUUGAAAGAACUUCAGGCUAAGGAGAAAGAACUCAAAGAACUACAAGCUAAGGAAAAAGAGCCAGCAAAUUCUGAUACACAAGAAGAAGCUGCUGAUUCAUCAUCCACCUCUGAAAGCAAAGCAUCCACUAGGCUCACCCACAAAAAAAGCUCUUCUACGCCUACAUCCAAAAGUGACUUGCCUAAGAAGCAGGAUAAGCCAAAGCAUGCAGUCCAUCCUAUGCUCAAUCAGGCUGGAGUGGAUCUUAGUGAUAUGGUCUUUUCUAGUAUGCGCAAUAAAACCAAAGCUGAGGCUGCACAGAAACCCCCCACAAAGCCUGAAGAAAAGCUCAAAACUAUCAACCUUGCUUCAAAGCCCGAAGAGAGCACUACUCAGAAAGAGACAAGCCCAGCACCUGUGAGAAGACUAAAUCCCCACGCAAGAAUGUUUGACCCAGCAAAAGCCCCCAGGUCUAAUUUUUUGAUAUCUCCUAGUUUAGCAAAGGCAAUCAAAGAGCUAAGCGAAGCAUGGACAGUCUAUGGUGAAAUAAAUGCAAUUCUGUGGAAAAAGCCAAAACAGGCGCCAGCCACAGCCGAAACAACAAGCGAUGACAAGGAAAAGCUUCAAUCUUCUGAAGACAAAGAAGAGUCUGCUGAGACCGAUGCAUCUGAAAAGAAGAAUGAAGCCGAGAGAAAAGAUAAAAGGGAAAGACAAGACAAAAAAGGCAUGCGCGGCUACCCCAUACAAAGAAAAGACCAUCCAAAUAAAUUCGCCAGGAAAUAG